AUGUUUCUUGGACGGCUGGCAGCCUUUCUGGGACUUUUUCUGUGGGUGGCUGUCGAGUUUUCUGGGAACGACGGCUCGUUCCGAGCCGGCCUGGCACCGCAGGCGUCGGAGACAGAGGUGUGUGGCGAGAACACAGCUCAGGACUUUGGACAAGCCAGCGAGGCCCAGCACGGCCGCGAUCCUCAGGGCCUGCAAACUUCUGCAGGGCCAUCAUUCCCAGUCCGUUCUACCUGGCCGAGCUCUUCAUUGGGCGGGACUACAGCGAACGGGCACAAUGGCAAGCCAUUCAUGGUGCAAUCAGUGCUUUACCAAUCGGUCGGCAAAGGCAGCUUUCUGCUCGGUGUGUGGGGGCUCGUUACAAGUUUACACGGCGCCGUGGACCUCACCGAGACGAAGAGCUGCACCAUCGCCCAGGCCGAGAAUGCAACUGUGCAAACCCCGGCAUUGAAGGGAGCGCAGGGCAAGGACCGCGGCGGCAAAGGACGAGACAAGGGGGGCAAAGGGGCUGCGAAGCAAGCACCUCUUGGGCCUCCGCCGGGAGAAUGGGCGGCGCCUUCAAUCCGACAGGUGCCACCGCCACCAGCUCCGCCACAAGCACUGGCCUCUGCAAAGGCUACUGGAUCGGCGACAUCGACCUCAGCGCCUUCGCAGGAGAAACAAGCACGCUUGCAGCUGGUACAAGCCAUGGAGCAGACCAAGGACAAGCUGCCAGAGACGCUCAAGGCGUUACUGGAGACGCACCAGCUGCAGGAGUCGGAGGAGGAGGCCAAAUUCCUCCACAAGGCCGUUUCGGCCCAACAGAAAGCUCGCAAGGAGCUCUCCAAAGUGCGAACGGCGAGGGCAACCUACCUGGCUGGAUGGAGCACCUAUCUUGGACAGAUCCAGGAAAUGCUACAGAAGCAGAUCGAAGAUCAACAGAAGGUGCUGGGCGAGCUGGACGAGGGCGAACUGCAGUGGGCGGCCGCCUUGGCAGAAGCACCGUCCUCCUUGCAAAACAAGGUCGGGGGAAGCACCGAUCUGGCCGGAAUGGAAGGCAUCGAUGCGGAGGCCUUCGAGGAUGCGGUUGCAGUGGCGCAAGACGAGAAAGUUGGCAACCAACUGCAGCUGGAGCAAGCCCUGAGACAACAGCGGGCACAGCAUCAAGCCUUCGCGCGCUCUCUCCUGGACGCAGUGGCAGCGGCACGCGUGAAGGCAGAAACGGAAGCAGAGACUGCGGAGCGGGAUCGAGAAAGAACUCCACGACGCAAAGCUGCAACCGCAACGGACCAGGCAGUGGAGGUGGUGAACGUCGACGACGAGGACAACAAGGCAGAUGGGCAGAAGAAGCCGCCCCCUGGCAAGGCCUGA